AUGCCGACCAAACUUCUGGCCGUCGGAGGCUCGCGCAAGGUGGCGCGUCGCGUCGAGAAACCCGUGCUGUACCACUUCGUCGGUUCUUUCAACAGCGGCAAGGCGACCUUCGCAGCGCAACUCUCCGCAAAGCGCGACGACUUUGACUUACGCCUCACCCUGCACAUGCGUGACAACUACACGAUUGAGUAUGCGCGGCUCAACCCUGACACGAUGGCGGUGCCAACGAUGGAGAUUGACGACAUGGUCUUCACCGACUCGUAUGAUAUGGUCGUCUACCUUAUGGACAACUAUCCUGGAGCCGGCGACAAGGCGGCAAUUGACGCUGGCAAGCGUGCGCAGAUGCUUGAGUUUGUCCACUUCGCAAAGGACUGGGACGAGUACAUGUACACCUACGGUCACAUGGGCGAGCAAACGUCUGAGAUGGCCAACGGGAUCAGACUCGCCCACCUUCGUCAAAAUCUCGCCAAGGUUUUGGACGAGAAGCCCGAGGACAAGGACUUUCUUGUUGACGCCUACGUGAAGAAGAUCGCCAAUGUGCAAACCAUGAAACGGGCGCAGGUGAACGGCGAGCAGAAAACGGCAGACCUACAGGCGAACAUUUCCCAACUCCACAGUGUACUUGCGCGCGGCAGUGAGCUCCUAGAGCAGAAUGGCGGCCGCUUCCUCUUCGGUGACGAUCUGACGACGGCUGACGUGUUCUUUCUGCCCAUCUUUCGCAUGUUUGGCAUGGCGUCCCCCGCCUUCUUCGAUGUGGUAUGGGAGCGACAUUCCGCACUGAAGGCUUACUGGGAGCGCGCGCUGGCGCACCCCGACGUCGACACCGGCUUGAUGAAGUACGUUAGCAAGGGUACGAUGAUCUGCGCGAUGUUUGGCGUUGGAGUCCCACGGUUGAUCCUUUCAUGGAAGCUCGGCCUCAUCGCCACGCCAAGGCUGCCUGACGCUGUCGAGCGUCGCAUCGAUGAGGCCACCGAGCAGAUAUGGGCGAGCAUGGAAGGUCGCAUGAAUGUAUCCUAA